AUUAUGCUGUUCCGGUUAAUAACAGGGUUUUAGGAAUUCGAUAACUUAUCGACUUUGUAAACAAAGUGAGAAUUUUAGUAGUACUGUACGUCUCAUACAUUUGAAAUUUCUGUUAUCUUUAGCACAAUCAUACGUAGUCUCCAAGAUUCCACUGCAUUCAAUUGUUUGCGUUAUUUAAAGACGUCAAUAAAGGGAGAGUCCUCAAUGCAUCUCCCAUGAUGGAUGGGGACAAUCCGAAGACCCAUGGUAACCAAGGGUUAUCCCACAGUCUUCAAAACAAUGGUGCCAUCAACCUUCCUGUGUCUUCAUUCAUAUCACAGCCAGGGAGCAGUCAUGGAGACAUACAGACCAUCAUUUUACAGAUUCAGCAAAUGCUGGAGAUGCUCAGUGGACGUGGUGUCAACUCCAUGCUGGUCACGGUCGACUGCAUGGGGGACAUCAGCAUCCAGGGAUCCAACCGUGGACAGAUCUUCCUCAAAGAAAACCCUGACAUUGCAGACAGAUUCUCCAAGAUUUGCUCAGAUGACGUGUGGACGCUUCUUGGGGCACAGAAGAGGUUUCUAGAGAUCGGCCGUCAGCAGGCUGGUAACAAGUCUGGUUUCUCUGAGAAGGGGGACUACCCACUGGACUUCUCUCAUGAGAGAGGGAGUUACUUCCCUUCACAAAGUGUUCCCACAUCUGCUGUUCAGGAGAACUCAUUCGUUCAAGGCAUCUUGUCGCAGACCAACCACAAGUCAUAUCAGCCAAACACCCUCUUCCAGGGACCGUUUGGUCAGUUUGUCAACGAAAAUCGUGCAAACUCGGGUUCGUUCUUUCAGGGGGGGUUCUCACAGAGCGUGCAAUCUUCAGAUAACUAUGUCCAGUCGUCCUACAUGUCCGGUGCUGACAGUAUUAACAACAAAGACUCUUUUGUUAAUCAGCCCCUGCAUCAACCAAUGCCUGGAUCUUUAAGUUCUCACCAGAAUCAGCAAGAUAAGUCUAAUGGCAUGAGUGAGGCAGAGUUGAUCAAGGAGAUGCUAUCAGCAACGCCGGUCACGGAAGUGGUGCUGAAUGUGAAAACAAACACUGGUAGCAAUAAAGAAAAAUCCACAAAGAACAAGGCUGCGGCUAGUAGUGAGGCUGAGAAGUCCAAAGAAGGGUCAGCAAAGAAAAAGCGUGAGCGACGACCGGAAACCUGGCAGCGUAAUAUUAAAAAGAAAUUAAAGACUGAAGGCAAAGCUUAUGUGAACGCAAAAGGAAAGCUUGUACCUGCAAAGGAAAUGCGGCCUGUUGAUUGUUCGAAGUGUAAACAACGGUGUACAGAUAAGAUUUCUGAGGAUACGAGGAAGAAAAUAUUUGACUGGUUCUGGAAAUUAGGUUCAUACACGGCUCAAAAAGAGUUUGUAGUAUCGCGAGUAACACAGGUGGCAACAAGGACGAACAAAAGACGCUCCGUGCAUAGGCUUUUCUCAUUUGAAAUAAAUGGCAAGUAUGAGUCUGUUUGCAAACCGUUCUUUUCUGGUACACUUGGUAUUGGUGAUAGCUACAUUUACAAGGCCUUUGAACAGAAGGCUCGAGACUUGUUCGUGCAAGACGGCCGCGGAAAACACGCGCCGGUAAAUAAAACUUCUCAGGAACAGGUGGAGGUGAUGCAUGCCCACCUUGACAGGCAUCUCUCUGAGUAUUCCACCGACAAAGCCCUGCCAAAGAACAUCCAUGCAGUCAAAUGGUACGAGGAGUAUUUGGCUCUGUGUGCCUCACAUGACAAGAAACCAGUGUCCAAGCAUAUCUACCGAAAAAUCUUCCAGGAGUACACGAGGAAGUUUCCAAAUCCGACCGAGAAAAAAAAGACUGACAUUGAUGGAGAUGAUCCUGCUGUUGGGCUUUCUCAGGCUCUGGUUUCAGUGUCCAGGGAGACUCUGGCAGCUAUCAAUGGGCAGAUAGGUCUUUCCCAGUAGCUGCAAUUUAAUUCAAGUAAAAAUCAUUAAAUUAUCAUAAAACUGUAAUGGUCUUAAACACAGAAAUAGCUUGACUUUGUUUUAAUGUUGAGUAGGACAUUUAUUUGAUGAUGUUAAAAAAAUGAAUUUACCAGGAAAAGUGUAAUAGUCUUAAACAAAUCGAAAUGUUUGAACUUUGAUUAGGAGCGCCAUUAAAAAAUUAAUCCACAUUUGCUAUGGAAUCUUAAAUUAAGUCCAUGGGUUGUUUUUUUAUAUCAGAUCAGUUUUUCGUUAAAGUUAUGCUGUAAUGAAAAAUUUGAAAGCAGUUGUUCACAUGUUUUCAUAUUUUGUUCUUCCAAAUUUUGAUUUAAAUAAUGUUAUUAUCAAUUUUGUUAAUGAUCCUAUCUAACCAAAUACUUGAAAUGCAUUUGUAUAAAAACUAUUACUGAGCUUAAUGUGAAAAUUGAGAAUUCAGUGUUGUAUAUUAUUUAUUUGUAGUAAUUGAUGUAUUGUUAUGUAUGAAAAAUAAAAAUAGGACAGAUUUCAUGAGUUAAAAAUAAGAAACAGCAUUGCCCAAAAAGGAGAAAAUUAUUUAAUAAAGGUAUGGUACAGCAAGAAGUUAAUCAUACUGCUAUUUGUACACUGAAUUGUGAUCUGAGAAGAUUCAGUUGAAACUUGAGAAAUGUAUCAUAUGAGCUUUGUCAUGCGUAAAUGGGUGUCAUGCCAUAUUUGGCCAGGGUAACUCCAGUCUAGCAAGGAGCUACCAUGUCUAUAAGUCAUGCACGUUUUUUAUUCUCGUAAGCGGACUGCGUAGGUGCCCCACCACAAUGAGGCUGAUUUAAGUUAAUGUUCAGCAAAUACACACUGAGAUGUCAAUUUUAGAAGAGCUUUUUUUCUGCCUUUUUUUUAUUGUUAAAAUAUGGGAAGUGGUACAAUAGUUGAUGUACUUGUACUUAAUAUUUUUUGUAUGUACAGUUUGAUGUGUGCAAAACUUGUCUUCAGAAAUUGACAGAAAUUCUUAUAGUGUCCCAGAAAAUAUCCACAUAUACAAACAAAAAAUGUAAGCUGUUUCAUGGAAAAUGGGUGUUAUGCGGCAUGUGGCCAGCAUAGCUCCAGAUUAACUUGCACAUUUACAGUCUGGUCAGGAGCUACUAGUCUGCUGUAUUAUUAUGCAAAGUUGUAUGCAAUCCAUGGAAGCCAUUUCACAGGUUACAUUUAAUCUGGAUACUGGCUACUUUUCCCCCAAAAUAUCAAAUGGAAUGGCGAAAAUACACCUGUUUUAUUGCUUAGACGUGGGCUACUGUGAAAAUAUAACUGGCUUAUUAAAUGUUUCUGGAGAACACUGUGUAUGGUCUCAGAGUAGUUCUUGUCUGGAGUUAAACUCGUCCCAUGUGGCAUAAGACAUAAGGCAUAAGAUUUUUGUUAUGCUCGUAUUUCUGUUGCUAGCUUUUAAAAAUAAUGUCAUCAUUGGAUGAGCUUUUGUGUCAAUACAGCUCCAUUCUGAAAUAGACUUUAAGGAAUGCAGUUUGUUAACAUAUUAUACAGAAUGUAUUUGUUUUUGGUGAAAAAGCAUAUUAUCAUAUGUUUUUGUGAAUACAUCAGAGGCCACAAAGUCUAUGUAACCAAAUAACUUUAAAACUGUUCAAAACAAGUCUUAAUGCAUAUGAGCUGUGCUCUGUGAAAAGGAGGUUUAAUGCAUGUGCUUAAAGUGUUGUCCUGGAUUAGCCUGUGCGGACUGCAGGGGUGGCACUUUCUUGGAACGAAAAACAUAAAAGCAGAAAAUGUUGUCCCUAAUUAGCCUGUGUGGACUGGACAGGCUAAUCUGGGACGACACAACACACUUGCAUUAAACCCCUUUUUCACAGACCAUGGCCCACAUGAAUUGAACCCUGAGGUGGGCUGGUGAACAUUUUCGUCAUAUUAUAUCUAUUUUGGUCAGUUUUAUUGACAUUAAUUGUAAUGAAUCCAGUUGUUAAAAAUAAUGCAGUUACAUAUAAAAACAUUAAAUAAAACCUCAAUAUGGCACAUUCUUGUAAAAAUCAUUUGUAUGCAUACUAAUUCAUUUACUUUUUGCUCGAGAAGUGUUUGCUUGAUAUUUUAAUUACAUGUACACUAUUUUUUAUGAUUAAACAACUGUUUUCAAUCCAAUUUUACACUUAAGAAAAUAUAUGUUUGUGUUCAGUGAAUGCCAAAUGUAAGAACAUGUUCUGUCAUAGGUUGCUACCCUUAGUACAGAAAAUAUAAUAUGAAGUCAGAACAUAGUUAAAUAUUUCUGAAGCUAUUGCUGUGUAAUGAACAUACUGUAUUUGUAAUUUUUUAUCAGCCCAACUGGUUUGGAAAAAUUUGUAACGUUAACCUUCUAUUUCUCAUAUUUCUUGUAAAAAAUAUGUAUUAAUUUACAUUUUGUUGUUAAGUGAUUUGUACUCUAGUAAAAAUGUGUGCUUUGAUUUUACGAAAGGCUUUAAGGUUGCAUGUAAAUAUCAGGUGUUGUUACUUUAUCAGGCAAUUUGAGGGAAAUGUUCUUUUAUAGAUAAAUGCAAUCUAUAUUAUAAGUCAGUGUGUAUAUUGCAUUAUUUUGUUUAAGACAAUACCACUAUUUUUCAAUUUGAAUAUUGAGAAAUAGUUUUAUUUGUACCAUGAUCGUAAUGUGAGAAACGCCUGGGUGAUAAUUAUGUAUGAGAGAACAUUAUUCUUCCCCAACAAAGUUAAAGAGAAAGUUUUUAUUAGCGAGGCUGUUUUCGGAGAAAACCCGAGCUAUUGUCAUAGCCAGCUCGUCGUCCGCCGUCAGCCGUAGGCGUCAUGCUAAAACCUUAACAUUGGCCAUAACUGUUUAAAUAUUGAAGAUAGCACCUUGAUAUUUGGCAUGCAUGUGUAUCUCAUGGAGCUGCACAUUUUGAGUGGUAAAAUUUCAAGGUGAACAUCAUCCUUCAAGGUCUAGGGUCGAAAAAACAAAGUCAAGGGAAGUAAUAAGCUUUAAAUAGACAAAGUUAUCUGACCUGCCCACGUAUAUAUUUUUGUUAAAUAAAUCAAAGCGGCGCAGUAGGCGGCAUUGUGUUUCUGACAAACACAUUGUGGUAAAAGGUCAAGGUCAUCCUUUACGGUCUACGGUAAAAAAUACAAAUUUAAGGGAAGUCAUAAGCUUUAAAAUGGGAGAAAAUUAUUCAAUAUUGAACAUAGCCACAAUAUAUAUUUGGCAUGCAUGUGUAUAUCAUGGAGCUGCACUCUUCGAGUGGUCAAUCACAGUCAAGGUUGUGGCUUUUAAUUAUUUGCUACUAAAUAUAGAGAUUUGUUAGAGACAAUUAUUUUCAAGGGAAGUAAUUUAUAUAAUUAUAAAUCUCAUAUUAUAUAUUUCCUUUCCAAGAAUUGAAGUUCUUUUCACAGUUACUGUUCAGAUUUAUUAUUUUGAUUAUUUAUAACUCAAAUGAUUGAUUUUUCAAAGUUUUUUUUAAUGAUAUAAUUAUAAUUUCUUUGAUGUUCAUUACAUACUUGUGGACUUAGAUACAUGAUGAACUCUGGCUAUUUUAUUUUAUAAAAAAGAAAAAAAAACUCUGGCUAUGAUCUCUUUUAAACCACAGGCCUUCGUUGUCAGUGAUGUCUGACAUGGUCAUAAUUGACUGUGAGACCCUCCCCCCUCCCCCCCGGUUGGAUUGGACAAAAUUCAAGGGAAGUAAUAAGCUUUAAAAGGAGAUGAUUUCUAUACCAGCCAAAUGAUAAAUAGCAAUUUUAUUUCAAAGCGGCGCAAUAGGGGGCAUUGUGUUUCUGACGAACACAUCUCUUGAUAUAAUUAUCAUUUCUUACCUGUUCUAAUUUGUGAAUGCUAGUUUUCAUUAAAUACCAGUGGACUUAUGUCCAUACAUACAUGAUGAACUCUGACUAUGAUCUCUUUGAUAAAACAAGGGAAGUAAUAAAGCUUUAAAGGGAGAUGAUGUCUAUAUCUGCAAAAUGAUAAAUAGAAAUUAAUUUCAAAGUGGCGCAGUAGGGGGCAUUGUGUUUUGACAAACACAUCUCUUGUUGCGUCACUAGGUCAAAGGUCAAGGUCACUGUGACCUCUAAAAAAAAUAAUCUGACAAGGUUUCGCAGCCUAGCGUGGCACCCAUUAUGCGAUGCUCUUGUUUUAUCCACAUAACUUAACUACUUAUACAAUUGAUGCUUAUGGCCUUUAGUGUUUCAUUCAUAUAACCAAGCAUUACUUUGAUUUUUUGCUAGUGUCUUCAUUUGGAAUAAUAAAUGAUGUAUUUACAUACAAAAUGAGCAGUUUCUAUUGGAUAAUUAGAUUUAAUUGAUUUAUUUAGCAUCAACAAACUUACUUGAAUCCUUCAGUACUGACUUAUACAGGCUAUGUGUACUACAAUUUCUUAUCCAACCAUGUUACCCCAUCUUUUAUAUUGACCCUGUGUGGACUGAAUACAUGUAUGUUGAAUAAUUCAAAUAAUUUUUUGGACGCAUUGCUUAUAUAACUUUUGUAUAACUGUACUCUUUGGUAAGUUUUUUUGUCUCAGCAUUUGCCUGUACUUUUAUUUACAAGUAUGUUGAGUCUUGUUAGUAGAAAUAAUUGAACAAUAAACUUAAACAUGUUGUUAA